AUGAGUAGCAACGGAAGUACCAUAGUCUUUCACGGACAUAGAAACCUUCGCUUGCGGUUGAUAUUGGCCACUUUGAGCGGGAAGUCGGUUAAAAUUAUUAAAAUUCGUUCCAACGAUUUGAACCCCGGUUUGAAAGAUUACGAAGUCUCCUUCUUAAGAUUACUCGAAUCUGUUACAAACGGUUCACAUAUUGAAAUUUCAUAUACCGGUACUACUGUUAUUUACAGACCGGGAAUAAUUAUUGGUGGAGAAGUCACACACAAUUGUCCUCAUUCCAAACCUGUAGGGUAUUUCAUUGUGCCCAUGUUAAUGCUAGCACCAUUCUCAAAAAAGAAAUUCAGCAUACUAUUUAAAGGAGUUACAAAUUCAGACAACGAAACCGGUGUAGAUGCUAUCAAAUGGGGGUUGGUACCGAUUAUGGAAAAAUUUGGUGUUCGUGAUUGCUUGUUGCACAUAUUAAAGAGAGGUUCACUCCCAGAUGGUGGUGGUGAAGUGCAUUUGAUUUGCAAUUCAUUAAUACCCACUGCAUUAACAAUACAUGCCACAGAUGUUCCCAAAUUCUCAGCGAUUCGAGGUGUGGCGUAUUGUACUCGUGUUAGCCCAUCAAUUGCCAAUCGAAUAAUUGAUGCUGCAAGGGCCGCGUUGAAACCAACAGGAUGUGAGGUCAAUAUCACGGCUGAUGUAUGGCGAGGCGAAAACUCGGGAAAAUCACCUGGGUUUGGUCUAACGCUAGUUGCUGAGUCAAAAAGAGGUUGGAGAAUCGUUGUGGAGAAUGUAGGUCAAGCUAGAACCUUGCCAGAAGAUUUGGGGGAGUUAACUGCAUUUCAAUUGAUGACGGAAAUUACACAGAGUGGAGCAAUUGGCAGAUAUCAACUAACCAUGUGCCUCGUUUUCAUGGUAAUUGGAAAAGAGGAUAUUGGGCGUGUUAAAAUCCAUAAGUCAGAAAUGGACGACGGGUUAAUCCAUGCUCUACGAGAUGUGAAAAGCGUUUUCGGCUCUGAAGCCUAUUUGACUCAGGAUGAUGAUGAAGAAGAAGACGAUUUCAUGACAUUGUCAAUGAAGGGAAGUGGGUUCACAAACGUUUCUAAAAAGAUAGCUUAA